ACUGCAAGGUAAUGAUCAAGUGAACGGUAGACUAAUGCUUGAGCCUUACAUUACAGGCAAUUGCUCACAGCCAUUGCCUGUAAUAAUUAAUAUUGGUUUAUGAUUAAAAAUUACACCAAGCGCAGUGAUAAUAAACAAUAGAAACUGGUGAUGUUGUAUCAAUGAUUGUACAAGUUGGUGAUGAUGAAACAGUUUAGGCCGACAAAAUCCUGCAUUCGAUAAGCGGUUGUGUUCAAGAACUCAAAGUGGAAGGUGUGGAAUCUUUGCGAUGAAUUCCCAUUGCUUUCAAUUGCAGCUUAUUGCGCUAUUGGUUCUAGUAGCCCUAGUUUCGCUUGUUCGCAAUGAAACAACGGAAAGACCAGCCAUAUCAGACGAAGCUUUGGAAAAAACCUUAAGCGACAAACGGUAUCUUCAAAGGCAGCUGAAAUGUGCCGUUGGAGAAGCCCCUUGUGAUCCAGUGGGUAGACGCUUAAAAAGUUUGGCACCUUUGGUGCUGAGAGGCUCGUGCCCACAAUGCACAGAACAAGAAAAGAAACAAAUCAAGAAAGUGCUGGCGUACGUUCAGGUCAAUUUCCCCAAAGAAUGGAAUAAAAUGCUGCAAACCUAUGCAGGUUGAUUGCGAAAUUCCAAACCAAAUUUAUUUAAUAUUGAUAAUUAAGUGAAGAAAUUAAUGUGCUUCGACUGCUUCCUUUAUACAACGCCCUGUAUAUAAUUUGCGCUUGAAAAUCACAACUUUUCCAUUAUUAAUUGAUGACUAUUUAUAAACCUGCUGUAUUUAUUGUAAAUAAUAUUCCAUUUUCAUCA